AUGUCGACCACUACUUCCCUCCGCAGCUUGAAUAUAGAUAACAUCAACCCCCGUGUCAAAGAAGCCGAGUAUGCCGUAAGAGGAGAGCUUGCCGUGAUAUCAGAGGAGUACAGAGCUAGACUAUUAAAUGGGGACACCAAUCUCCCUUUCGACCAGGUCAUCUCAGCCAACAUUGGGAACCCCCAACAACUAGACCAGAAGCCGAUCACAUUUUUUAGACAGGUCCUGAGUUUACUGGAGUAUCCACCGCUGUUGGAGAAAGAGGACGUGCUGCUAAACCAGCUGGGAUACAAACCUGAUGUUAUCGCAAGAGCGAAAUGGCUUCUGAAAACCGUGGGCUCUGUUGGUGCGUAUAGCGCCAGUGCAGGCGCCCCUGGAAUCAAACAGAGCAUUGCAACUUUUAUUGAGGGCCGAGAUGGCUUCCCAGCAGACCCCAAAGACAUCUAUCUCUCCGCAGGUGCUUCUUCCGGUGUUAAUACCCUUUUACACAUCAUUUGCGCUUCGCCCCAAACUGGAGUCUUGGUCCCUAUCCCACAAUACCCUCUCUAUACCGCAUCGCUCUCCGUCCUCGACGCAAAAUGCGUUCCCUACUACCUCGACGAGUCCAAAAACUGGGGCACAGACCUUGAGGCUAUAAAGUCUGCAUAUAAACAAGCAGUGGCAGAAGACAUAGACGUUCGCGCAAUUGUCAUCAUCAAUCCGGGGAACCCAACUGGUGCGAGUCUCUCGGAGGAAGAUGUGGAGGCUGUUAUCAAAUUUGCCGCACAAGAGAAACUCGUGGUCAUAGCAGAUGAAGUCUACCAGACCAACGUCUUCAAGGGAAAAUUUCACAGCUUCAAAGGCGCCUUGAGGAGUUUGCAGAAGACUGAGCCAGAGAAAUACGCGAACGUGGAGUUGGCUUCUCUGCAUAGCGUCUCCAAGGGAAUGGUUGGUGAGUGUGGACACCGUGGUGGAUAUUUCGAGUUGGCUGGUUUCGAUCCACUGGUUCAGGAGCAAAUAUAUAAGUUUGUGUCCAUCACCUUGUGCGCGCCAGUCAUAGGGCAGUGCCUCGUGGAGUUGAUGGUGAACCCGCCGAAACCAGGGGAACCAAGCUAUGAACUCUACAGACAAGAAUGGGACAAUAUUUUCAAUGGGCUACAAGAAAGGGCCCAUGCUAUGUGGGAAGCGUUCAAGGAUAUGGAGGGUGUUAGUUGUGGUAAACCACAAGGCUCCAUGUAUCUCUUUCCAACAAUCACCGUCCCUCCAAAGGCAGUCGAAGCCGCCCACAAGGAAGGCCGAUCAGCUGAUGAGUUUUAUGCCCACCGCAUGCUGAAAGCAACGGGCGUCUGCGUCGUCCCUGGUGCUGGAUUCGGCCAGAAGGAGGACACUCUGCACAUCAGAACCACGUUCUUAGCACCAGGUACCGAGUGGAUUGGUCGGAUCAAGAAGUUUCAUAAUGAGUUUUUUGAAGAGUUUAGAUGA